GCUUUUGACAAGACAGUGGAUCGUUGAGCAGCAAUUAUUACCGAGCCGCAGUUCCAGACCGACAAUUCCCACCCCUUCCGGAACGGCUGUAUAACUCACAUUCCUCAAAAUUCUCCUACUCCGCCAUCAUGUCAGGUACAAUGUACGACGAGCACGUUUAUGCACCCUCACGGCGCCAUUCAGUUGCUACUCCUCCCCCAUCCAUGACUCCACGACAUAGUCGGACCCGCAGUCAAAGUGUCAGAGUUAGCAACGGCACCGUGAGCACAAAUACAAGCGUUUCAAGUGGGAGGAUGUCGGAAGCUACAAACAUUACACAUCCGCCUGCGUAUUCCAAGAAGUUUGUUGUGGUUGGCGAUGGUGGAUGUGGAAAGACGUGCCUUUUGAUCAGUUAUUCCCAAGGUUAUUUCCCAGAGAAAUAUGUCCCUACUGUGUUCGAGAACUACAUCACACAAACCACCCACCGAGCCUCGGGCAAGACGGUUGAACUAGCCCUCUGGGAUACAGCUGGACAGGAAGAAUAUGACCGCCUGCGUCCACUGUCAUAUCCGGAGACGGACCUGUUAUUUGUUUGCUUUGCGAUAGAUUGCCCUGCAUCUUUGGAGAACGUCAUGGACAAGUGGUAUCCUGAAGUUCUGCACUUUUGUCCCACUACCCCGCUCAUUCUGGUUGGGUUGAAGUCAGAUUUGCGCUCGAAGAGAACGUGUAUCGAACUUCUAAAGACCCAGGGUCUAACGCCUGUGACGCCGGAACAAGGUGAGGCGGUGGCGCGCAGGAUGAAUGCCUCUUACAUUGAGUGUAGUAGCAAAGAAAUGCGCGGCGUCGACGGCGUCUUCUCCCUGGCAGUUGAUACCGUUGUCUCUGCCGAGGAACAAGACUGGAAUGACCGCCAGACGUCUUCUACUCCCGGAAGCAAACCUAAAGUUGGUGGUGGCGGCGGAGGAAAGAAGGUCAAAAAGCGUUCCUGCAAGAUUUUGUAGACUUUGGUCUUCUCUUGAUGUUUGUCUGGUCAUGAUCAUCUGCCCUCUUGGUUUCGCCUAUUAUUCCUCUUGCAAUGUUUGUUUCUUUUUUGCCAUUCCUGUUG